CGUGCCCCAAACGCACGCACGGAAUGCGUGCAACAACACCAACAACAUUAAACCUCUUUUCUACCACACUCCGCGCGCCCCUGGCCUGGCAUGUUGGGGGCGCGACUCAAGUCCUGGAUGGAGGCGCAACUGGGGCGGGCCAAGAAGCGCAAGCAGAAGCCCCGCUCGCCCCCCGCGCCCCUCGACACCGCGCCCCCGCCUCACCUGUCGUCCCCCGAGAGCGCCUACAGUACAGGAUAUAGUACUGAUGGGACCUCUCCUGGUGCCCCCCCGCCUCUUGUCGCACCUCCGCCGCCGCCCGCGCCGCCGACCACGCAUCUGUAUCAUGAGCCGGCUAAGCGCCGUUCAAGCGUGACGGUCCGCCGGCUGCCCGACAUCCCGGCGGCCUGCGCCACGCCGUCGCCGCGGCCGCGCUGCCGCAUCAAGACGAACCCCUGGCUGGGCGGCACGAGCCCCAGCCGCCGCCGCGCCCCGCAGCCGCCGCCGCCGCCGCCGCUGCUGCAUCAUGCGCCUUACUCCCUGGAUGCGAGUUCGGCCAGGUUUGGGACCAGGUCCCCACUCAAGUCACCCCUCCGCUCCCCAUACCACCGCGGGGGGGCGUCGAGCGACGAAGAAUGCCGCGGCAUGCGCACGCGCGGCCGCGAGACCGCCAUCUUGUCCGACAACGACGUGGACUCCGAUGGAGACACUGGGUUAGACGGUGGAGAUGAGGACGAGCCUGAUGAUGAUACCGCUUCCCCGAGUCGCCGGCGCGCGCGCCGCCGCCGCCCCCCGCGCCGGCCACCUAGAUCUGCUGGAGCCACGCCGCCCCGGGCGCGGCGGCGCGCGCACGCCCCCUCCGCCCCGCCCGCGCGGCGCGACCCGCUGCUGGAGGCGGACCGGGAGGCCGAGCGCAAGUACCGCGAGCUCAUCCGGGAAGCGGAGAAGCUGCUCGUCUCCGUGUCCCGGGCGCCGCUGGAGCCGCCGCAUAAUCCCAGGAUACGGGAGUUGAGAGCUACAGAGGUCGAAGCGCCGCGCCGAAGUCCCGAAAGAACCCACAUAACGAACUUCAUGCGUGCCAACUCGCCAGAGCCGCCGCGGCGGGUGUCCCCGGUGGCGCGGCGCUCGCCGCUGGCCCGCCAGCCCGCGCCUGCUGAGCGGCCCCAGUCGGAGCCGCCUAAGAGGAAGGCGUAUGCUAGAGAGGAGGUGCUCCAAACCCUAGAAGGGCUGCGCAAGAGUCUGCAGCAGCAGUCAGCGCUGCUCGCCGUGCAGCGCACCCGGCUCGACUCUCUAUAA